AUGCUUAUUAUCGAACCUAGCAAAACAACGCGUGCGCACGUGGUAAACAGAGUGACGUCAGAAAAACCUCCGUCGGCGACUUCCGCUCCGAAACCGACAUGUCUAUCAAGGUUGGAAUCAAUGGUUUCGGGCGCAUCGGCCGACUCGUCAUGCGCGCUGCCGCAGAGAACCCCCGAAUCCAGAUUGUCGGGGUGAAUGACCCGCGCGAUGCCGUGGGAGGAUUCGCCUGUCGCAGGUUCAUCCCUACUGACUACAUGCGGUACAUGUUCAAGUAUGAUACCGUUCACGGGCAGUUUAAGGGGACCGUGGAAGCGGCCGAGGAUGCAAUUAUCGUAGAUGGUGAGAAGAUCCAGGUUUUUGGUGAACGUGACCCGGCGAACAUCAAGUGGUCGUCUUGUGGUGCAGACUAUGUGGUCGAGUCGACCGGUGUAUUUACAUCGACGGCGGCGGCUGGGGUUCACAUCCAAGGUGGAGCAAAGAAGGUGGUAAUCUCUGCACCUUCCGGUGACGCGCCUAUGUUUGUGUGCGGUGUCAACCUCGAUAAGUACGAAUCUUCAAUGAACGUUGUUUCGAAUGCCUCCUGCACUACCAACUGUCUUGCGCCCCUCGCCAAGGUAAUCAACGACACAUAUGGAAUCGAGGAAGGCCUGAUGACCACUGUACACAGUGUUACUGCUACGCAGCAGACGGUUGACGGUCCAUCCCAAAAGGACUGGCGCGGUGGCCGUGGCGCCUGCUACAACAUAAUUCCUUCGGGCACAGGCGCAGCCAAGGCUGUCGGUAAGGUAAUCCCUACUCUCGACGGCAAACUCACGGGAAUGUCAUUUCGCGUUCCCACUGCAAAUGUCUCAGUGGUUGAUCUCACUUGCAAGCUUCAAGCUGGUGCCUCGUAUGACGAUAUCAAGGCAUCUGUCAAGGCUGCCGCAGAGGGUCCGAUGAAGGGCAUCCUUGCCUAUACCGAGGAUGAUGUAGUCUCAAGUGACUUUAUUGGCGAUGCGCACACUUCGAUCUUCGAUGCUAAAGCUGGCAUCGCACUAACCGACAACUUCGUUAAGCUUGUAUCAUGGUAUGACAACGAAUGCGGGUAUUCCAACAAGGUCCUCAACUUGAUUGAACACAUGGAAGAACACUAAUGUACACGGAGUUGAUUUACCGUCGGCGAGUCUUAAUCUAGUGACUUACUUCACGCAGCCGCCCAUUUACUGAUGGGGUGGGGCCGCAAAGCACAAGAAUUAUCGUGCUCGUCGCGCCACCCCCUCCGACUCGCGCCCACGCCGGGAGCAGGUUUUAAAAGCCGCUGGUACUGUCCUAGUCUGGAAUUGCAGGUAAAGAAGAAAUUAGUGCC